UUUAUCUUAUACUCAUUCAUCUUGUGCAAUCAGGUUACAUCCUUGAUUCCCUAUCGAAAUUAGGUUAGACAGCUAGCAUUAUCUAGUUUUUAGUCGGUUGAUGAUUGACCCCAUCAAGCCACUGCAAGUUUAUCUCGUCUGGGAAAAAAUCACACAUUUGAUCAUUUAGUUUAAGGGGUUGUUUUUCGUACUAAUUAUAAAGUUUGAUUUAAGAUUACAUCAUUCCUUCAGUGCCGGCAGAAAUAAAUUGGUUCAUCAUGCAGCUUUUAAAACGAAUCGUAUUGGUGGUAACGUUUUCAAUUGUAUCGAAUAAUGUUCAUGGACAAGAAAAUGGACAACAAAUAUCAGACCCGGCAGAAAACGUUAGAUCAAUACGUCAAGUUGCAUCCUCGGAAAAUACCACACAGGCUCCUGCUGCGGAAAAGCCACUACCUGUUACAGCAUCAUUUUCAUUAAAAGAUCUCAUCCUUAUUUUGAUGACGAAACACGGUGAAGCUCGAACUGCUCUUGCCUUCAAUUCCUUGGACAAAAAAUCGUUGGGAGAGAUUAUGAAAAUUCUGCUAGUGGAAGUCGACUCUGCUCUGGCGGAGGAUAUCGUAGCGAUGCAACACCAUGCGCAAAAUUCGGAUAAACCAUUAGUCGCAGUAAUUGCGCGAAUUGUUACCGGCGAUGGAUCAGUUUCUAAAGAUAUUUUCACAUGGGACGAGAAAUUAAGAAAGUUCCCAUGGUGGGCUAGAAUAAGACAGAGGAUGUUUGUAAAUCUGGAUAGAUAUGUUGCCACAUAUAAACUGGAGGUGUGAUUUGCACGAAUUUAAAGAAUAAUUGCGUAUACUUGCAAAAUGAAUGGGAACACGAGACGUGAAAAGAAAGAGCAACAUUAAAUCAUUAUCUUUGUAAUUUACCCAUAUUGUAAAUCAUAUUUUGCACAAUUACAAAAUCUUUGUACCAAUGAAUCUUUGAACUUUUGGGAAUCUAAUAAUUCAGAACCUGCUCUGCUUUAGUAUGGCCUUAUUUGACUAUAGUUCUGUUCCGGGCGUUGUUUCAUAGUGAAUAUUUACAUAGUGAAAUUCUGUAGAUUUAUGAGGGUACCCUAAUUGGAUAUAUAAAAUAUUCACGUUACAGCCUACACAUAAGUGGUAAAAUAUGUACAAUACGCAAUUAAAUGAGUACCUAUAUAUACAUAUCCAUGGGUGUAUAUUAUGUAUGUAUGCACUGCAUAGGUCUGUGAUUAUUGAAUAAUUGUAACAAAUUGAACUAAUUUUAUCGUAAGUUCACCGUUAUUUAUUUACAUUUCAGAGUUAUGUAUGUACCUAAACAAAGUCAAAAUAAACACGAUUUAUUACAAAA